AAUCAAAGGGAGAGGAUUCGUCACCUCGCCGAGGUGAUAGAACAGACGUCGAGUUGUGGGUUUACAAACGAAUUUUUUGAAACUCUUGUCUCCAUUCAAGGCAAAGUGCGACUCAUCAAUCGUGAGAUUGAUUGUCAAGAGGUUGAAAGUAGUCAAUCCAUUGAUGACACUGCUACAUGUCUGUCACAAAAUGUCUGCCAACAAAUUUCACCUUCUCAAGAGGCAUUGCAGUUGUCCAAAUCAUUACCACUUAGACGAGUAAAAAGUCUCGAGGAUAAAAUGGAAUGUCCAGUGGGGAGGGACGGUUUCUCGCGGUGGCAAAGAAAUGCGAUUGUAAUUAGGGUACAUCAAGGCUUUCAGUUUUGUCACCUCCUCGGUCAGAAUGUCAUUCGGGAGUUGAAGACAAAUCUCCAACACAAAUUAACCCAACAGACAGUCGAAGUGGCGAGUAAACAGACACGACUGAGUGUGGAGAUGAAGACGUUGCAUCACGAAUUGACCGCCUUAAAGGGAGUGGUAAAUCUCCUCGCCUCAGUGCCGAGGAUUCAGCAUGAAGUCAGUGCCAUAGUUGGAUGGUAUAAUCACGAACUCGCCUACUUCAGGGAUCAUCCCAUUCCAGAUGUAUUGACGGAACUGCUGAAUGGUGUUGAUGGCUCAAACGAUGAUUGGUGGGAGGGUCUCCUUCAAGGGAAUGCUGUGCUCCACAAACACCUACACAUACAAUCAAGAAUCCGGAGAAAACAGACGAUCCUUGCAAAGAUUUUGGAGUUGCGAAGAGUGUUGGAAGACGCCGAACAACCCUUUCAACCUACCGAUUUGGCUAAAUUGGAUGAACAAUUUGGUGCUGGCAGUGUUUCCAUGCUGCACCGCAUAAGAGCCCACACACAGGCCACCAUACGUGUGAGCUUGGCUGAGCUCUUACAAUGUUUAGAUGAGAUUAAUCAAGAGGCGAGUAAACGAUAUGAACAACUUCUUGUGGAGCAGAUAAAAAUUCGCGAUAUUGAGAGGAGUUUUGAGAUGUUGCAGUGGAUACGCAGAAGUGAAAAGUGCCUUUUGGAAACUAAAUCCCCAUUUCUGGACUUGUUUGCAAAAAUUCACACCGCAUCUCAACCCUUGGCAAUGAUUGAACCUUUCCUUGUUGUAUUGGAGAAGGAAAUUAAAUUCCACACAGAAGAAUCUCUUCAUAUCCUUCAAGAAUUUGAAGUUCUGGCAGCCAACAAUGCAGCAUGGAGUACUCUGCUUGAGUACACUCUCAACGCCUGGAAUGAACUUAUUACCAAAGCCAAAAUGAAGCGUCUAUCUGUGGACACAGCAAAACGUCUUUUGACGCUUAACGCAGAGGUCUCCAACACUCGAGAGUGGGUGAAACACAAGAAGGAGUUGCUUCUUUCAAUUGGUGAAAAGAAAAAUACAAUGGGGGAGAUGAUUCGCAUGGAAUGUCGAAUGGACGGUUGGGAGACUGACCUGACUGCCCUCAAGGAACGUGUAUGUCAGGUGUUCAAGAAGAUGGAUGCGUUGAGCACAGGGUUGAAGGAACUUCAGUCCCCCUUGAGUGCGGAGUCAUGGAGCACAGUAGCUGUACGAGACGCAGAAUUUACUCUCAAACAAUGGAAGUCACAAUUACAUGCCGACUGGAACGAGUUUGUUGGUCUUCUCGAGGAGUAUCAAAAGCGGUUGGAGAGUUCACUGGCCUUCCAAAGCAUGCUUCAGGAAUUGGAGGUGAUGUACACGACGCUGUUGAGCAAACAAAACACAAUCACCUCCUUGGAGCUGCCCACGUCAAUUGAUGAAAUUAGUGAACAGGAGGAGGUUUUUCGAACCCUCGCCGCGGAGUUGGAGGCUUCAAAUGAUAAAUUAGAGACCUUAGUACUGUAUGGGAGGGACUUGGCUGCAUUUCAGGAGAAGGCUGUAGCCACAGCAGUGACGGAGAGGCUUAACAAUCUCAAAUGUGAAUGGUCGGAUCUGCUCAUCCUGUGCAAACACCAACUGAUCCUCCUCCGUGAUGUGGAGGCGUUGAAUGUCUCGCUCAGUCGAAAGGAGAAUCAAAUCGUUCAAACUGACUACCUGCCUACAAGUGAACACAUUCGUGGCAAAAUUACAGCACAAAAGCAGGUGCUCGCGUCAAUUCAAGCUCUCUCCGAUCAAGUGAGAUUGCUGCAAUUAAAGUCAAAUGAACAUAAAGUUGGUGAAAAGUACGAUGCCAGAGUGCUGGCAGUUAAAGCAAGGUAUUCUCGCUCCUUCAUUCCGUCUAAAUCAAUAUUUCCAAAUUUAGCAGAAGCUACUACUUAG